UCUCUCGGCCGCCGAGGAGGAGGAGGAGGAGGAAGGUAGGCGCAGCGCGGCCCAAGCCGGGUACGGGUGUCCGUGUGAAUGCGCGCGCGCGUGUCUUGCCUGUGGCGGCUUCCCCUCAAGAGGUCUCCGGCGCACAAAGCGCGGCGCUCCUGCUCCUCCUCCUCCUCUCGGCGUCUCCUUUGUGCUCCGCGUGCGCGCGCAGCAGCGAAACCCCCCCCUCCUCACUUUCUCCGCCCCCGACGCCCACCCCCCUUUCAUCUCCCUUCUUGCCGCCGCCUCCAUCAACGCGGGGGGGUUUUGGGGUGCAGGGGGGGGCUGCUGCUCUUGCUCUGUGGGGUAGGACUAGCCAUGGGGAGGGGGAGCAAAGUCUCUCUCCCCCCUCUAUGGGGACAAAAGGUGGCCCCCGAAGGAUGCCCCCGCCCCCCAACACUAAGAGAAGGUCUGUCUCCCUCCCACCCACACUGCAUCAGUGGGGUGGCUGGGUGCCUGCAAGCAAACCGUUCUAUUGGGGGGGUUGCAAUAUAUAUAUAGGGUGACAGGCGGGGUGAUCUUUUUGCAAAGCGCCUCCCGCGCCGUCAAGGUGCGCGAGGCGGCGCGCGCAAAUUGAAACGCCGAGCGAAAGAAUAGCAAGCGAUAAUGAGAUUACCCUGCGUCUAGACGCGCGGAUGCUCCCGCUCCUCUCUCUAGCCCACAGAUGCCCCUUUGCAACAGAUUUCUCUCCACCGCUGGGUGCGGAGUGUGGCCAUCGCGACACCCAGCGGCGAUUCCGUUGUUCCAUGUGCGAAUAAGCCUCCUUUCCCCUCCGUCCUAAGCAUUUAUUUAGCCAACUUUCUGGGUGAGACUGAAUUCUCCAUGUUUUUCGAAAAGGCAGGAAAUGUUGGCUUUUUGCAUAUUCGUCUCACUUUUAAACUGAACUGAUAUGCAAUGGAUUUUUAUUAUGCUAGGGUUGGACUAGAUGAACCUCGGGAGCCCUUGCAACUCUGCAAGGCAAUAAUAACAAUAAAAUUAAUAAUAAUACUAAUAAUAUAUCCCACCCAGCUGGCUGUUUCCCUAGCCACUCUAGCUGGCUUACAGCAUAUAUAAAAACACAACAAAACAUCAAACAUUAAAAAACAGAAUAUCCCAUACAGGCAACAAACCAACCAAUAAAUCCAUAGAAACCAAAAAUAAUGAUGAGCUAUGGUUUUCCCAGUAGUGAUGUAUGGAAGUGAGAGCUGGACCAUAAAGAAGGCUGAUUGCCAAAGAAUGGAUGCUUUUGAAUUAUGGUGCUGGAGGAGACUCUUGAGAGUCCCAUGGACUGCAAGAAGAUCAAACCUAUCCAUUCUGAAGGAAAUCAGCCCUGAGUGCUCACUGGAAGGACAGAUCCUGAAGCUGAGGCUCCAAUACUUUGGCCACCUCAUGAGAAGAGAAGACUCCCUGGAAAAGACCCUGAUGUUGGGAAAGAUGGAGGGCACAAGGAGAAGGGGACGACAGAGGACGAGAUGGUGGGACAGUGUUCUUGAAGCUACCAGCAUGAGUUUGACCAAACUGCGGGAGGCAGUGGAAAACAGGAGUGCCUGGUGUGCUCUGGUCCAUAGGUCACAAAGAGUCGGACACGACGAAAUGACUAAACAACAAAUGAUAACAACAACAAGCAGCUAACACUUAUAUCCAAAUUAAAAUAACCGCCAACCCCAACCAAACAUUUAAACAACCCCCACCCAACAAAAACAAAACACAGGAACCAAAAUUAGAACCAUUUAAAACAUUGUAAAACUUUUUAGCCAGUUGCCCCAACCAGCAAUGUCCCUCCAGCUUCCCAGAAGCCUCUUUUAGCUGUUCAAGGUGAGUCUGGGCCCGCCCUCUAGGCCAGGUGGAAAUGGGCCUUGCAGCAGGGAGAAGAGUCUUCAUUCUGGUCCUCACGGCAGCAGCUGUGGGCAUCAAAAGCCCUGAAACGGUACAUAUUGAGGUCACACUUUAGAACUGUCUGGAUUGUUCCCAAGGGCAGCUGUGACUGUUUAUCACCAUCCCGUUAAAAACACACCUUUUAAAAGUCACUAUUAUUGUGCAGUGCAAAUGGAAAUUUUGCAUGUUGUCGCCUUCAACGAUUGGAGAGCAUCGGAGGAGAAAUCUGCAAGUCUUCCAAAUAUCUCUGAACUGCAAGAGAAUAAUAGAGAAGGCAGGCUCAUUAAAUACCAUCAUCAUUACUGUAUUUAUUUAGUGACAUCACUGAUCAUGGCACUUUGCAGAGUACAAAAGGGCAGAUCCCUGCCCUGAGGAGCUUACAAUCAUUAUAAGUCAUGGGAGGAAAGGGGUGGGUGGGUGUGUUACAGUUCAUAGGAAAGUAUUUGUGGAUGUUUCCGUUUAAAUUGUGUAGCCUUAGAUAUUGGCUGAAGUUACAAUAAGGCAUGGAAACAAUAUCACAUGGAACAAGGCUGCAGUCCAGUUGUGAUGUUGUUGAGCUGUUCUACUGUGCUUUUCUUCUGGGGUGACACAGGGGUACGCAUACCCCUAAACAUAUUUUGAAUCUAAGUUUGGCCUCAUUGAGGGGCAGUAUUUCAAUAUGAGUAGGAAAAUGAGAGUACCCCUAAACAUUUUUUUAGAAAAAAAGCACUGGCUGAUGGGAUAUAAUAUCCACUCACAUGCAAAAUAUUUAGAGCAAUUUCGCAAACAGGACACCUUGAGUUUUCUCUUGCAGGAACCCAACACCCCUUGCUUUCUUCCCCUUGGGUUAGUAACAAACGGAUAUAGUUACUACUGCUGCAUACUUUCAUUGGCAUAAUCAGUUGCAACUUUUAAUUUAUUUAUGAACAGAAGCAAAGAUGAAUAAGGGGAACAGUGAGUUAGCUGUGGCACACAGAUUUAGGCUAUUGUUGUGUUCUAGUAUAGUACCAGGGACGCGGAUGGUGCUGUGGGUUAAACCACAGAGCCUAGGACUUGCCAGCCAGAAGGUUGGCGGUUCGAAUCCCCGUGAUGGGGUGAGCUCCCGUUGCUCGGUCCCUGCUCCUGCCAACCUAGCAGCUCGAAAGCACAUCAAAGUGCAAGUAGAUAAAUAGGUACCACUCUGGCGGGAAGGUAAAUGCACUGUGCACUGCUCUGGUUCGCCAGAAGCAGCUUUGUCAUGCUGGCCACAUGACCCGGAAACCGUAUGCUGACUCCCUCGGCCAAUAAAGCAAGAUGAGUGCCGCAACCCCAGAGUUGCCUGCACCUGGACCUAACGGUCAGGGGUCUCUUUACCUUUACCUUUAGUAUAGUACCAUAACAGGGUGUGUGUUUUUUAAAGAUGGCCUUCUGACACUGCAUGUAAAUCUUUGUUUUUAAUUUAUGUUAUCUAAAGCUUCCAUCAGUAUCACAAAAAGCUAUGUUGAGGUUUUAGUAUUGUGCAGAUUUAUUUAAAUUCAGUUCAGUUCCACUUUACCAUGCAGUUCUGUCAGGGAGUUAACCUGCAUCAGAACAGGAUUACGACAGCAGGGCAAUCCUAUUCGCCAAUGUGCUCCAUUUCCUUGCAAUGUUAUGGUGGUGCAAAGUGCCCUUUCUUCAUAGUUCUGCUUGCCAGAAUCCAUUGUAUGUGUUGUAUGCACAACCUGAGACCAUCCAUGACAAUAUAGCCCAAAGCUUUAGUACAUCCUAUCACCAAACUUGAAGACUUCCUGUGUGGAAGUUUAUACCCUGGUGGUGUGCUGUGAUUAGGUUCUAAUUUGUACUAUAUCCUAUUCUCUGUCAUGGUGAUGUAGAUAGGGCAGUCAUUGGAAGACAGCAACGCUUCUUAAAAUUUGCUUUUCCUCUCGUUGAACUCAAUGGUGCCAGCACUGAGGUCAGUGCAGUGGUACCUAUGGUUGCGCACAGGAUCCUUUCCAGAGCUCUGGUCAGAUCCCGAGGAAUUCACAACUGGAGGUGUCUAUUCUGCGCAUGCGCAUGGCGUGGUAGAGCACUUCUGCGCAUGUGUGCGGGGCGAAACCCAAAAAAUGCUUCUGGGUUUGCCGCGUUCACAUCCUGAAGGAUACGCAACCAGAGGUGUGCGUAUCCAGGGGUACCACUGUAUAGCAUUGCACUAUCAAUGGGGGGCAUGAUCGUAGCCUGAAUGAAUACAGGAUAGGUGUGUUCUUUCCCUUUCUAGCUGUUCCACUAGCAUAGCUUCACUGGUGCAGCACAGUGGAGUAUUUGACAGGCCCAUAUGGGGAGUUGCACCUGCACAUCCUUUGUGGCAGCAGUGUAACGGAUACUGAUGUGCUAGGAGGACAGCAGAUCUCUUCCACAUCCUAAUGGCAGCUGGUGCAAUAAGGACUGCACCCUAAAUCUUCCAUGCAUGUCAGCAAGGGGAGUUAGGAUAUUGUAGUGACUUAGUAGGAUAUAACAGCAACACCAUAACAGUCAAGAUGUUAAGGCUGUGUAACAACUACAGUGCCAACACAAGGGCUUUGGAAAAAGGCAGAUUUGUGGCUGUGGUGGGAAGGGUUGGAGAGCCUAUUCAGAAUCUUAUCCUCCCCUGCCACUGAAAAGUUAUUACAGCGAUGGGAGAGAUGUGUAAGUAGUUACAUCCCAUAGGAGUCAAUACAAGCCCAAGUUGACUUCCCAGUAUCACCACCCAGCCACACACGGACUAGACUAUCAACUCAGGAGCCAAUCAUGGCACAGCAAGGACACAUUGCUCGUUUUGCAAUCUGCUUUCAUAUUUUAUUUUAUUUUAAAGACCAAUAACAAUCAUUGAAAAAAAGUGAAAGUAAUCACUGGACACAAGAUCACAGUUUUGCUGAUCAGAAGGUCAGGGGUUUGAAUCCCCGCAAUGGGGAGAGCUCCCGUUGCUUGGUCCCUGCUCCUGCCAACAUAGCAGUUCGAAAGCACGUCAAAGUGCAAGUAGAUAAAUAGGUACCGCUCCAGCAGGAAGGUAAACAGUGUUUCCGUGCGCUGCUCUGGUUCGCCAGAAACGGCUUAGUCAUGCUGGCCACAUGACCCGAAAGCUGUACGCCGGCUCCCUCGGCCAAAAAAGUAAGAUGAGCGCUGCAACCCCAGAGUCGCCUGCGACUGGACCUAAUGGUCAGGGGUCCCUUUACCUUUACCUCGGGUUAAGAACUUAAUUCGUUCUGGAGGUCUGUUCUUAAACUGAAACUGUUUUUAACCUGAGGUACCACUUUAGCUAAUGGGGCCUCCUGCUGCUGCCGUGCGACCGCCACAUGAUUUCUGUUCUCAUCCAGAAGUAAAGUUUUUAACCCAAGGUAGUAUUUCUGGGUUAGCGGGGUCUGUAACCUGAAGCGUCUGUAACCCGAGGUACCACUGUAAUCCAAACUGUGUCCCGAGCAUCUAAACUAGGUCUAUGAGGGUAGUUAGAAAUAAAAUUAAGGCACAUGUCAAUUUUAAUAACACCAUAAAUACAGGAAGUAGCUGAGAAGGAAAACAUCAGGAGUACCAGAUGGUUUACAGCAAACCGUUUUCUAUAUUAAUAAGUUCCUUGGUCUGUAAAUAGCAAACACUUUUGACACUUUAAUAGGAACAUGCUGCACUAUUUAAACUGUGAAAGCAGGGGUCUGAUUCAUACAGCUGUCUUCCACAUUUUGCUGCAUGGAAUAAGCCUCCCCCGACAGGCAGAGGAGUAUUCCAUCCCGUGACAAGCCUAUGAGUUCCUGAAUUCAGACCUUCAUGAAUUCGGCCCUCAAAUAUUCCACCCCUUGCACUUACAUCCGCUUUCCUAUUCCGCACAGCCAUCGGUUCCCAUUUGUGAAAUAUAUUGGCAUUGUUUUCAGCUCUGCUACUCCACUGUGAAGCAGAGGUUGGACAGCCAUCUAUCAUGGAUGCCUUGGUUGAGCUCCCUGAAUUGCAGGGGUUUCGCAGAGAUGACCCUGCAGGUCCCUUCCAAGUCUAUAAUGCUUAUUAAAGGAGAGAGCAGUCCCUAUACAAAUCUUCUUGAGGACUUGUAAGUGUUCCACAAAAGGCUAGUCACAUAUAGAGUUAGAUAUGGGGAUAUUGUCAUGGAAACAGUUUAUCUGAGCUAGUGAGGUGGGGAGAGGAGUGUUAAAAAGUGCAAAUUUCAAAUGUCUGCUUUCAUCUUUAUCUGUUCUUGCUCUUCUUUGUAGGAUAUAUUUGCUUUCUCGGCAGUUGGGGCCGCUCCUAGGUAAUGUUAAGACUCUGGGACUUAACAUUCAUAUGCCCCUGCCCCGCCACUUUUAGAUGAUAACAUUAAUUCAUUGACUUACUUAAUUCAAAAUGUGAUCAGCCAGUGCUGCCAUGCUUUGGAGAUGCUGCUGCUGCGGCUCAUUCGGUUUAUUACAUAUUGCUGUAUUUGGUAUAAGUUGUUUAUUUUAAAGUUAUUAUGACUUUUUAUAUAGGAUCUUAUUGUUACUAUUAAUGUAUGAUGUAUGAUGAUGAUGUGUGUGUGUGUUGGAAGCUGCCCAGAGUAGCUGGGGCAACCCAGCCAGAUGGGCGGGGUAAUGAAGAAGAAGAAGAAGAAGAAGAAGAAGAAGAAGAAGAAGAAGAAGAAGAAGAAGAAGUGGGGCCCUCACCAGCCCCAAGCUUUGUCCUGAGGGCACCAGUGUCUGCAAUCCUACUUUCAAAGGCAGAUCCAUCACUCACUCCUUCGUUUACAAAACCAGAGGGUGAAUGCUGAAGAAUAGUUAGUAGGAAUGGUACCACACCUGCUUCCCCAUGUUUCUGUUAUUUGUCCACUUUGCUUUUCGGAGGUUUCAUAGAGUUUUCACUAAAGGAGUUGUAUCUGUUCUCAGAAUUGCAAAGACAUUUGUUGUCCCAUGGUACUGGUUGGGAUGGGUGAUUCUAGGAAAGGGGGAAAUGGGCCUGCACUCCUGUUAUGCUAAAUCUGCCCAAACAAGAACUUUUGCCUUCUUUUCUUUGAGGCAUGGCUCAUCUUUUAUUUUUGAAGCAGACUGAUGAGAUGGGUGGAAAGGCAAGUGAGCUUUUAACUAGGAGGUUGUCUCAAAAAGUGAAUCCAGAUAACUUCCAGCCUAAAUCUAGCAUUCAACUGCAUUCAGAAGCCCUAUGUUGCAUUAAUGUUGCAUGCAGCCAAACUGUGUUUUUUAAAAAGUUUUUUUUAAAACACAUAUUAAAACAAAUCAAAUAUUUCAUAUAGCAUAAGAUCUAAGUUAGAAAAAGCUGGCACACCUGUCUUUAUGCUGCAGCCUGCAUCUGUCUACAGGGAAGUACAUGCUGGUGUCCACAGUGGUUUAAAAUCCGACAUUCCUCCACUGAUUCCUAUGGACAACUCUCAUUUCUACCCCGGUGGCCGGAAAAAAGAGAGAGUAAUAAAUGUAUAGAUCUAUCGAAACUGGUUCCACAUAGUCUCUUUAUUAUAAGUCCAGAGUUUAUUGCAACAGCCUAUUCCCCCAAGGUAAGCAUCAAAGACAGGAGUUCAUGUCCAUCCUUCAUAUAGAAAUCUGAAAAUAUUUAAAUGGUUGAAAUAUAAUUUGAGAAAAUGAAAAACUGUGCUUUGAGAACCAAAACAGUCAAUCACUACCAUAGUUUGCACAUAUAUAAUAUACAACCUUUCUGAGCUUGCCCCCACAUUCAGAAUUGUCUUACAUGCCAUCCGAACUCCAAGUGGGGCAAAUUUCCAGGGAAUUCAGGCACUUACCCAGGGUUCAAUUUCCUUUGGAAUGCGGCACAGCAGAAACUGUUGUGUCUAUGGAUAUAUGGUUUAUUGACACAUCUAUACAACCUGAGCCUAAGAUGGAGGGGUUCACAGCAUUAACAUGCAAAGAGGUUCUUGCUUCUCGCAUAGACACAGGCUUGGAUUCUAGCAGAAAUUGGGCAUGACUCUGACCCCCAGCUUCUGUCUGCAGCCUGUUCUCACCUCUCUCACACUCUAGAUUAUUUCCUUUCUCACUACCAGACGGGCAGGGAAGGGAGACCCACCCAUUUGUCAGAGGGCGCCAUCACUUAUUUUGUUAUACUAAUGGUCUUCGUCUUCUUCUUCUUCUUCUUCGAAUCAUAGAAUCAUAGAGUUGGAAGAGACCACAAGGGCCAUCGAGUCCAACCCCCUGCCAAGUAGGAAACACCAUCAGAGCACUCCUGACAUAUGGUUGUCAAGCCUCUGCUUAAAGACCUCCAAAGAAGGAGACUCCACCACACUCCUUGGCAGCAAAUUCCACUGUCGAACAGCUCUUACUGUUAGGAAGUUCUUCCUAAUGUUUAGGUGGAAUCUUCUUUCUUGUAGUUUGGAUCCAUUGCUCCGUGUCCGCUUCUCUGGAGCAGCAGAAAACAACCUUUCUCCCUCCUCUAUGUGACAUCCUUUUAUAUAUUUGAACAUGGCUAUCAUAUCACCCCUUAACCUCCUCUUCUCCAGGCUAAACAUGCCCAGCUCCCUUAGCCGUUCCUCAUAAGGCAUCGUUUCCAGGCCUUUGACCAUUUUGGUUGCCCUCCUCUGGACACGUUCCAGUUUGUCAGUGUCCUUCUUGAACUGUGGUGCCCAGAACUGGACACAGUACUCCAGGUGAGGUCUGACCAGAGCAGAAUACAGUGGCACUAUUACUUCCCUUCUUCUUCUUCUUCUUCUUUGGCAAUCACUCGUAGCCGAGUAAGAUUGUCUUUCAUGAACACGGUUUUAACAGUGAGUCUGUAAGUGAAAGUAGAAGCCAAUUCUGGAUCCACACAUCCUUCCACAGUGGGGACGUAAGUUUCCAGGUGGGAGUUGAUCACAGUGAGGGUUUGCCAAGCGUGCCUUCCUCUUAGUACAUUUCUCCCUUUCGUCCUGAGUUCUAACGGUGGUCCUUAAUUCUAACGGUGGCCCUUUAUUGGCAGCUUCCUGCAGUUUAAAGGAGCAGGGAAUCGUGUAUUUAUUGCUAUAUUCUUCUCUUUUUUCCUUUUUAAGUGAGGGGUAAGGAAGGAACAUCCCCUUCCCCUCCCCCCAUCGCGGCAAGCCUUGAAAUCCGGGGACAAAACGGAGGAGAAGCGGGAAGGAUCGCGAAGCGAACUCGGAAGCUCUCAGUUACGUGCGAGUCUACAUUAAAAAAAAUCAUAACAAUCACAUUCCACUACGUCACAACGAUAGAGCUGACGAGCGGUAGAGCGUCGCCUCACUGUCCGUACGCCCAGGUAGAACCGCUGUCCGGGAGGAGGGGAUAGAGAGGUAUCUCAGCUCUUCCGCUUCCGGUGAGGCUUCGUACUUGCGAUGGCGGCCCCUCAGCCCGUUUGCAGCUUCCUCUUCAAGAAGCGUCGCCCCGCGCCCGGGAGGGGCCAGCGCAAAAGGCCGGGCAGCGACCAGGAGCCCGGUGAGAGACCCAGCCAGUCGGCGCUGGGGGUGGGUGGGCCAAGGGGGGGCAGUUAGGCUAAGCUUCCUUGUGGUCAUGAUGGGGCUGCCAUUGAAAAGCGCUCGGAGAACUGUUUUUAUUGCAAUUAUUUGCAUGGUAUAUCCGUGUGUCAAACACGCACACAAUUUUUGUCCGUGUUUGCUUUUUUAAUGACUGCCUUGUUUUUUUACUUGUUGAAUUCUUCUAUCUUACCCAGGGCAGCCCAAAGCAACUUCACAACCGACCAAAACAAAGGGACAAACAUCCCCUCAAAGACAUAUACUGUACAGAUACAUUAAAAACCAAGGGGGAAAUGUAAUAUGUUAAGAAAAAUACCUGACCGGCUUCUAAUUAGUGUUUUGUAGGUUGUAAUUGUCUUGUUUAACCACUAUGUCCAUGUUAAAAAUAGUUCUAGUCCCUGCCUUCCACACAUCCACGUACCUGUGGUUCAUUUGUUUUGGUUUUAUUUUAUGUCUCUUGUUUGUUCAACAGUGAUCUAUAAUUGUAUAUGGACUAUGUAUAUUGUCACCAGAUCCUAUUGGAUAACAUUGCUAUUUGCAUAAUCUCCUAUUACCUUUUAAAUAUAUAUAUAGCCAUAGGAAAGAGAGCUAGCAGGCUUCUUCUGAACCUGUUGUUUAGGAACAAAAGUAAGCCAUUGACUCUUGAAUAAAGCAGCUUGGUUCAUAGGCUCAUAAACUUAUUGCAGUGGGGUGGGAGGGCCCUGUAGCCAAACAAGGGACAUAGGUCCUUCAUGGGAGAUGCAGUCUGCCAAUAUUAAUCUGUUUUAGUACUUUGAUAAUGCUUGUGUCCAUCCACCCAACAGGGAGCAGCAGUGAUGAAGGCAGCACGGUGGUCAGGAAGGAGAGACGCAAGGAAGUUUCCAACCCCAUGAUUCAGAAGGUGAUGCAGUUUCCCCAAGUGCCCAUGAAUAUGUCCCUUCUUGAAUGUUUCUUAGUUAACUCCCACUGAUUUUUCCAUCUUCUAGACCAAGAAAAGCGUGAAAGACCAUACCUCAUACGCGUCCAGCAGUAGCGAUGACGAGGGCAAGUCUAAAAGAAUUGGAGUUGCAUAUAAGUCUACAAGAUCUGCGGUACGAGUGUUUAAAGUGUGCGAAACCAACAUUAGGUGAUGCACAGCUUAUUGGCAAGAGCUUCUGACGCCAAGCACUUGAAUAAUAGCAAGUAAAAUUGCAAGGGGGGUGUGUGUGAAUCUCUGCCAUGGCUUCCCUGCUAGCAUCUGUCCUUUUUGACAGUGGAGUGCCUCUUUGGGAGUGAGGUCAAGCUGUUGGAAGGUUGCAGCACCUUGUUGUGGCUGUAGAGACAGAUGCGGGAGAGACAUGUUUUGUUGCAGCUGGGGCAGGUGAAGGUGUCCAAUUAUGCUGCUACAGAUGCACCAUGGCAUUUCUUCUCUCUGCGCUUUUCCCAGCGGUCAUUCGUCCUGUGCCAAUAGCUGAUUUCUCAACUUCCAUGUUCUAUGAAGUAACCCAGGGAUGGUAUGUACUUGCCUUUGUAGGUUAUCCCAGUGACAGGCUCAUAAGGUGCAGCAGCAGUUGGCUCCACCCUCUCCCAGGCACUACUUUACUCUGGUUAGAGGUGCUUGUGAUGAUGAUGAUGAUGAUGAUAAUAAUAAUAAUAAUAAUAAUAAUAAUAAUAAUAAUAUCAAUAUCAGGUUCUCCAAGUCUGAAGUCUGGCAACCCCUGCAUUAGAGAGAGCAUGCAUCUGUUUGAAUGAAUCACUAGAAUAACCGCUAAUUCCAGUAACAGUCUAAUGCUAGCUUAGUAUUGUUCAUUUCCCAUGUUGCCCUGCUAAUAACAUUCUUGUAUCUUAGAAACCUGUGGGUCCGGAGGACAUGGGCGCAACAGCUAUAUAUGAGCUGGACACAGAGAAAGAGAAAGAUGCACAAGCCAUUUUUGAACGCAGCCAGCAGAUACAGAAGGUGAGUAUCUUUACCAUUUAAAGGUUCCUUCCUUUACUACAAGUUUUCAUACACCUUCAAGAAAUGGACAAGAGUUUCUUAGUGGCAUUUCUCAUUUUUAUUUUGCACCUCUUCCUUAUUUUCCCCCAAGAGACUGCUGCUAGCAUAAUCUUUCUGGCCACUUGUAUCACAGCCAUCCUCUUCCUAUUCCCUUCACAGAUUUCCUCCUCCAGGUACAUCACUUUUUUUUUUUUAAAUAUUCAGUACUAUUCUUGUUUCUGUUUCCUGCUGCUGUCUGGUCUAAUCUCUGUAUUUCACCAGUGCUCUUCUUAGCCACUGCUUCAUUGUGCCAGUAUGUGGGAAUUGAGCUGGUUUCAUGUGAGCAAGCUGCUGCUCUGGUGUCAACCAAGCUGUUUUACUGAUGUGGUUUUUCCUCCCUGUCUCUGUUCAGGAACUUGAAGGGAAGGAAGACGAUAAGAUUUACCGUGGGAUCAAUAAUUACCAAAAGUAUGUGAAGCCAAAGGAUACGUCCAUGGGGAAUGCUUCCUCAGGCAUGGUAAGGUAAGGCAGGAAAGCAUGAAACUUAUCCUCAAAGAAAAACAUUUUGCAGCACGGUGGCUCUAGGUGAAUUUUGUGCCUCAGAAAAAUCCAGCUGGCUGAUUUUUCUAACAUUGCAUUUUUUCAAAUACAAAUCCUGCUCCUAUUUCUAAGUUGCUUAUGGUGUUGAGAAAUUCUCAGCUUAACUGCACAUACAUGAUUUAAUUUGUAUGGCACUUUUCCAUUGUUAAAAUGAUGCUCAAGGCAGCUUACAACAUGAAAAAAUUACUUAAUUAUAAAUAACAAAAACAGAAAUUAUAAAUAAAAUACAGCAAAAAGUACACAACCAAAUUGAAGAGUUUCCACAUUAAAUCAUAAGAAGAUCUAAAAAUAGAGGUACAAAAAAUAUCAGUAACAGCAACAACCCCGCUCCCAUCAAAGCCCAACUAAACAGCUCCUCAACCCAAGAAUCUGAUCAACACCUCAGCUUUUGUAGCUGAAGUCAGUCAGGGCCCCACCCUCCCAGGCCAGGUGGGAAAAGGUAUGCAAGGCAGGGAGCAAGUCUCCCAGGACUCACAGCCAAGAUGUAUACAGUGGUGCCUCGGGUUAAGUACUUAAUUCGGUCCGCAGGUCCAUUCUUAACCUGAAACUGUUCUUAACCUGAAGCACCACUUUAGCUAAUGGGGCCUCCUGCUGCUGCUGCACCACCGGAGCACGAUUUCUGUUCUCAUCCUGAAGCAAAGUUCUUAACCCGAGGUACUAUUUCUGGGUUAGAGGAGUCUGUAACCUGAAGCGUAUGUAACCCGAAGCGUAUAUAACCCGAGGUACUACUGUAGUUGUUCUUCAUAGAUUUGCAGUAUUGUGGUAAGUCAACAUGCAUAUCUCUAUGCAUCCCAGAAUGCUCUCUUUGUUCUAUGAAGGUCAUGCAGUUGACAUGCCAGCAACAAAUACCACCAAAAUAUAGCAGGAUGACUGAAACAGAUUUCCUGAAAAUUCCAGAUUUUUUAAAAAGCCAGUGUUAAACAGGUUUUGAAAUAUAAUGUGAAGCCACCUUUCUCUUUAUCAGAUUUGUUCUUCAAAUCUUCUUACUUAAAAAAACCUCACCAUUCCCCAUCUAACUACCACUUGAACCUCUCCUUGCUCCUUCAUCACAACUUAUUAUCUCCUUCUCCUGUUUUAAGGCCUUUCUUCUUCAUUUCAGGAAGGGACCCAUACGAGCCCCAGAGCAUCUCAGGGCCACUGUGCGAUGGGACUACCAACCUGACAUCUGCAAGGAUUACAAGGAAACUGGGUUUUGUGGAUUUGGAGGUGAAUGGCUGUUUCAUAUACUUUCCUAAUAGCGGAUCUGUGUGAUACCUGCUUAAGAUUGUGCAUCUCCAUAAACGUAGGGGAAGUUGGCAGCAAGACAGAAAUCACUGACAAAUGCUCACACGUUGUAUUGGUUUGCUUUUCCGAUAGACAGCUGCAAAUUCCUCCAUGACCGAUCGGACUACAAGCAUGGCUGGCAGAUUGAACGAGAAUUGGAUGAGGGACGCUAUGGAGUUAAUGGUAUGUUGAGCAAUCCUUGUUCUCUUGCCUGAAGUUGUUCAGCUUAAGAUGUUUGAAUGAGGGACUAGGAAAUAGACCUUUCAAAUUUGCAUGGCACAAAAUUUAGAGGUGUAGAGGGCAAGAUCGAUACUACCUUUGGGCUGCAUUGGAGAAUAAACUGGGUGCAUGACAUCUAAGCCUUAAUUAGAGACAAAUUUCGAAGCUUUAUUGUUAAAUGCUAUCAAGUAUGCUUAUGUGUUUUGUCUAACUUCAAUACUGAUUUUGAGGACAUUGGGAAAAUUAUCCCUAGGGGAUCAGCCUUCCUGAACUGCUUUGUCCUCAGCACCUGCUUGCUUUCCUCCUACAACUUUGGUAUAAAACAAGGCUGGGGAACCUGAUGGCUGGGUUUGAUGGGAAGUUGGGUGGCAUUCCGCGUCGCCCAACCACUGCCACAGUGUCCUUUCUCUUGGCAGAUCAAGAUGAGCAGAUGACAGUAAAGGUUGCAAGGUUUUUAGCUGGGGCAAUCAGAAUAAGAUCCACUAUUUGACUAUUGAUUCAAAACGCUAAAAUGUAUUUUAUAGAAUUCACUUUUUAUUUCUAUUCUUUGUAUAUGGUAUUUUUGUUUUAUUGCUAUGGCUGAUGGCCGACGCAAAUAUUCAUUCAUUCAAGUUGGGUGCCCAACACCAGGAGAAAGCAUAACAGAAUAGCCACUUCUAGUUCAAAAGAUUAAAAAGUAAAUGGAUAAUUGAGGGUCAGGCAGCCUUUUAACUUGUUUGGGUGAUUUAGCCUAUGUUAAGUGUUGCUAUGCAGAGAGAUGGAUAAGUCACUUUGAAGGAGUGUUUAGGGGUAUCUGGGACAAGUGAUAUUUGCUAAUCAGAAUUAGCAAGCAAUACCAGACUACAAAGGUAAGGGGGCAUAGUGAGCUAAGUAUUUGUUUUUCUCCUUUUGAUCUGCAAGCUUUUCAGUCACCGCUCAAGUUUUAACUGAUGCUUUCCUGAUGUUUCAAACUGCAUGUGAGAGAUUAAAUCGGAAAAAGUGAGGAACAAUCCAUGUAUUGUAGUAGCAGCUAUCUUUCUACUUCGAAUGAAAAGAUUAUAGCAGUUGUUUUGAACUGGUGCGAGUUUCUUGGAAGAUCAUUUAGUUGAUUAAAAGUGCAAAGACUGCAAUACAGCUGGCUUCCUUUCUGUGUUGCCUUCCUGCUACUUGUUGGUACUUAGUCAUGGCUGUGGGGCUGUUCAGAUGGGCAAUUUGCAGAGUUCUCCUUAAGAUUUCAUCCAUUAAGGCUCAUGGGUCACAGGUUGCCUUCUCUUUGUACAACCAUCCCUUAGAUCUUUGUGGGGCCUCUUCUGUUGUAGAAACUUGGAAGAUAUUCAGUAGGAUGGUGCUUUUAUGAUAUCCUGUGAGAGUACUGAGAACCAGGCAUCUGCCUAGUUAAACUGCUGGAGCACAGGCACCCCUCCUUUCUCUGUCUGUUAAUAGAAAAGUGUGGGCGGGAGGGAGGAGAACAGGAGCAGAUGCUUUGAGUGGGCAGUUUAAUAAGCUCAUUAAACCUAAUAUUUUCAUCCUAUGUGCUGGUGGCUUCAAAGGAGCCUAGAUGUUGAAGGCUUGCCUAUUCUUGGCAAUAUAGCUUCCUACACAGGGUGGGCAGGAGAUAAGUCACAUCCCGUUAUAGUUAGCAGCAGAACCAAGCAAAUACUUCUUUCUUUUGAGCAGAUGAUGAAAACUAUGAGGUGAGCAGUGACGAUGAAGAACUGCCUUUCAAGUGCUUCAUUUGCAGAAGCUCCUUCAAGAAUCCUGUGGUGACCAAGUAAGAUGGCUGGAUGAUCCAGAUGCUCCUUUUGUUUAAACUUGGAAGCCUUCCACAUACAGCUAUGCGGGGGACUUUAAAAAUAAGAAAUGUGGCAAUGACGCACAGUGAGGAUCUUGGCUGGGGUGCCAGCAUUCUGCAAUUCUAUAAAAGUGCAGGAAAAAACAACACUUCUUUGUAUUGGGGCAUGGAGUUAAAAGGUAAAGGGACCCCUGACUAUUAGGUGCAGUCGUGACUGACUCUGGGGUGGCGGCGCUCAUCUCGCUUUAUUGGCCGAGGGAGCCGGCAUACAGCUUCCAGGUCAUGUGGCCAGCAUGACUAAGCGGCUUCUGGCAAACCAGAGCAGUGCACGGAAACGCCGUUUACCUUCCCGCCGGAGCAGUACCUAUUUAUCUACUUGCACGUUGACGUGCUUUCGAACUGCUAGGUUGGCAGGAGCUGGGACUGAGCAACAGGAGUUCACCCCGUCGCGGGGAUUUGAACCGCCGACCUUCUGAUUGGCAAGUCCUAGGCUCUGUGGUUUAACCCACAGCGCCACCCGCGUCCCUAGGGGCAUGGAGUUAACAUCCUGCAAACUCCGUUGGCAUCAACCGGUCACAAUAGCAGUAUUCUCAGUGCACGACUGUUUGAAGUUGAGACAAAAACAACCUCAAAAAGUGGGGCAAAAAUAUCAAAUAAGACAUCUUGCUAGAAAGCUGCUGGAGCUGACUAUCUUUGCUUUAUGCUUUUUUCAGGUGUAAACAUUACUUCUGUGAGAGAUGUGCGCUGCAGCAUUAUCGGAAGUCUCAGCGAUGUUACGUAUGUGACAAGCAAACAAAUGGUGUCUUCAACCCAGCCAAAGGUACUCUAGCUUGUGCUGGAUUAUGUCACAUUGUGGGUGCGGGCAGGGUAGAAAUGUCAAUUAUUCUGACCGUGUUACAGCGAAAUUACAUGUUGGAUGAAUAGAGGCCAUUUAGAAGUUUUGUAAUGGAUAGGCAUUAUGCAAAAUUUCCCAGGUAAUGGCAGAGGCGUCCACAUUAAUCCCUCAACAGAAAAUAAACAGGUUAGCAGCCCCUCAGGUUCCCUGGUUCUAAUCUGAAAGUCGGGGCAGUGAACCACCUUUGACUGCAGGGCCAGAUUCCAAAGGGGCCAUCCUUCCGUGAGCCACUUUGAUAGAUGGGUGGCCUCCCCAAUCUGUCAAUCCCUUGGCAUCAGGUGUUUUCAAGCUGCACUUUGCAAAGAAACAAAAUCAGGAAUGCAUUCCUGAGUCAUGCUUUGCAACCAUGGCUUUAAUUUGGCACAUUUUGAAUUUGGGGCCACUCUCUGCUGCCAUGCAGGGUGCCAGAUUCAAAAAGCACCAAAUUCUGGUUUCAAAGCAUGAUUAUUCAUUUGCAGCCAUGACUUUUGGUUCGCUGCACUUUGUGUCAGGCACAAGGAAAAGUGUGAUUUGCCCAAAACAGACUUGUGGGCCUAAUUAGGUUCUCUACCACCGCUGUGAGUUAUCCCUUUAAAUGUUAUUGCUGCAACUAAAGUGAGACGUUUUUCAACAUCGCUGCCACCUGCCUCACACUUACCGUAAAUGAUCUAUCCUGAUCCAAUGACAGAACUGGGAAGGUCAGAUGGAAAUUCUCCUGUAAAAAACCAAUCUAUCCUGAGCAAGUAACCUCUGAGGCAGACCAGUGUUCCAAGUGGAGUGGUGCGUGUACUGGCCUUGGCUAUUUGCCCACUUCAAAGGGGAACUUUAUCCCAAAGCAGGAUUUCAAAAUAUGCUCUUCCCUUUAGAAGGAAGUUAUUUCUCAACAAGUUCUACAAACUUCUCAAGAGGUAGCUCCCCCACCACAGUAGUUUGUCUUGGCAGUAAGUGUUUUUCAACAGAUGCCUCACCCUGAAGGGUGGAGGUGGAAAGAAACCAGAGGCUCUUACUGUAAAUUUUACCCUUAACUCAAAUUAAUUUAAAUGUUUGUAACUAAUUAAAAUAAGGCCUCUAGGGCUGAGGAAAACUUGCCUAUCCUGUUGGAAGCAAAAGAGCACUCUAGGUAGUGUUGCUUCUCCCAUCUGUCUUGUCAUCCUGUGAGUUGGAAUUAUUUAUAUUCAGUGUGUGAACACCAAAGAAAGUAGUUUUCCAGUCAUUUUUUGUGACUUGGGCCUUUUGUGUUAUGAAUCCUCACCCAUAUUUGGUCUUUUGUUUUUUUAGAGCUGAUAACAAAGCUGGAAAAACGCAAGACUGAAGAGGGACUCCCAGAUGAUGUGGAAGAGCCAGUGACAUUGCUCAGCCCUCAUUCUCCACCCCCCUCCCUGCCUUCAGAAACUAGUUCUGUGGCUGAAUAAAUAACUUAUACACAAAUGA